GCAAGAAGACAUUUCAUGGACACAGCUUUCUGAGCCUACACAGAAUCAAAUGAUUCACUCUUGAAUUCAUUCACAUCCAUACACACUCAAGCCUUGGAAGGACUAAGAAUUUUUGCAUUGACCAGAGGAAGAAAAUUAACAAAAGCUAUGGAGAACUCAACCCAAGUCAAGUUCUUUUAUCUCUUUGGCUUACAAGAGACAUUUAACAACAAAUCGGUCUAUUUUAUCUUGUCUCUUAUCACAUACCUUCUCAUCAUCACUGUGAAUCUGACUCUGAUCAUAACAAUCAUUCAGGAGAAAGGUCUCCAUGAGCCCAUGUAUAUCUUUCUGUGUAGUCUAUGUGUCAAUGGAUUGUAUGGAACUGCUGGUUUCUACCCCAAAAUCUUACUGGACCUUCAGUCAGAUGUUCAGGUGAUAUCUUAUGGUGGAUGUUUGACUCAAGCCUAUGUAAUAUACACAUCUGUCAUGUGUGAAAUUUCUACUCUUACAGUGAUGUCUUACGGCAGGUAUGUGGCCAUAUGCAGACCACUACUAUACCAUACCAUUGUGACAUCUUUAACUGUUAGAAAGUUACUCUUAUUUUCUUGGUGUUAUCCUUUAUUUGCAGGACUGAUUGCAGUUAGUUUAACCGCCAGACUUUCUUUGUGUGGAUCUCGCAUUGAUAAAAUCUUCUGUGACAAUCCAUCUAUACUGAAACAUGCAUGUUUACCCAUAACCAUCAAUCAGAUUUUGAACAAAUGUAUGAUAGUGGUUCAUGUUUUACAGAUACUUUUCAUUGUAUUUUCUUACUGUCAGAUUGUAAGGACUUGUGUAAAGUCGUCUAAGGGAAGGAUUAAGUUUACACAGACAUGUGUGGCACAUUUAAUAACAAUAUUUAUUUUCAUCACAGUGACUCUGUUUGACAAUUUGCAAGGGUGGAAUAAUGUAAAUAUUACACUAAAUAUGCGUAAUGCAAUGGCCAUACAAUUCCUUGUUAUACCACCUGUCUUUAACCCUGUCAUAUAUGGACUUAACCUCCAGCAGAUUCGAAGGGCAGUUUUCAGAAAGUGUAAUGCACAUAAAAUCAUUGAUAUGAGAUGUUAG